AUGCCUUGUAUAUCAGGUUCUGUGCUUUUUGCCGCCUUCGUGGUGACCGGAUCAGUCACUUCAAUAGCUUAUGGCUUUCAGCCUGGCAGUGGCGGGCGCGUUAUGUGGGAAGAUAACUGUGACUUUACUGGAAACGAUUACCGUUGGAUGCGAGCUAUUCCAAACGUGUGUGGGGAUGUCUGUGCGGAUGACAUAAGGUGCACACAUUGGGCCUGGAACAAUUAUGCCGGUGGCACAUGCUGGUUCAAAACAGGCACUCCGUCGGCCAAAAUUACGAAGUGGAGCACGAACUGCGGCUACGUGGUUUUCCGUGCCGCACAAAGCCAAAGUCAAGUCCAAGUGCACGGUCAGACUUCUAACAAUGGGUUGUUGGCUGCCGAAGGGACUGAUAUGUUGCUUCGAAUAAAUAACUUUCGGUCACAGAAUGGUCUACCUGGGCUCUCAAUCGACAACCGAUUGGUCUCCGCUGCCACUCUUCACUCGCAGGAUCAGGCAAGAAAUUGCAGAAUGUCACACACUGGCUCAAAUGGUUCAGGAAUCGGCGAUCGUGCUAUGUUGCAAAAUUAUAACUUUAACUUUGUCGCGGAGAAUGUUGCUUCCGGUCAAAAGACGGUGGAUGAAGUAAUGACUGCGUGGAUGAACUCGCCCAGCCACCGUGCCAACUUGCUUAGCAAAGACGUAAGACACGUUGGUUUUGCAAAGGCGGUGAACAAUAACUGCAACCUAGUAACUUACUGGACGCAGGACUUCGGUCGUUUGGCUUAA